ACAGGGACGGGCGGCGGGGGCCGGGGCCGGGGCGGCGCCUGCGCUGGGCCGCAGGGAGCAGCGGGGCUGCGGCGGAGGGCGGGCGAGCAGCGCCGCCACCACCACCUCCACAGCCAUGGCCGCGGCGAUGCGGCAGAGGUUCGACCGCUUCCUGCACGAGAAGAACUGUAUGACCGCCGUGCUCGAGCGCAUCGAGGCCAAGACCGGCGUCAGCCGCACCUACAUCGCCACCGGCAUCCUCGGCGCCGUGGCCGUGUACCUGGUAGUGGGAUACGGCGCAUCCCUGCUCUGCAACAUCAUCGGCUUCGGCUACCCCGCCUACGUGUCAAUCAAGGCCAUUGAAAGUCCCAACAAAGAUGAUGACACACAGUGGCUGACUUACUGGGUUGUGUAUGGUGUUUUCAGUAUAGCUGAAUUCUUCUCUGAUAUCUUUCUGUCCUGGUUCCCUUUCUACUACAUGAUGAAGUGUGGCUUCCUCCUGUGGUGCAUGGCUCCAAGUCCUUCCAAUGGAGCAGAAUUCCUCUACCAUCGGAUUAUCCGGCCUUUCUUCCUGAAGCACGAAGCUCGACUGGACAGUGUUGUUAAAGACCUGAAAGACAAGGCUGCAGAGACUGCAGACACCAUCACUAAAGAGGCCAAGAAAGCAACAGUGAACUUACUUGGUGAAGAAAAGAAGAGCACUUAAACUGGAUAAAGUUUCCCUACCGCCUCCUUUGUGAAGCUUGAUGUUACUGGGAACUGUGGUAUAAGUUUAAUAAUAUUGCCUUGGAAACAUUUUGAUAUAUUAAAGGAAUGUGUUGUAAGUUUACUUACUACUUUGCUGUGUCUGAUAGAGAGUAUGCAUUUUUAUUUAAAAGCAAUGCAGUGGGCAGCAUCUGAAGCUUAAUGAAAAUAUUUUCUUCAUCUUCAUGCAGAGGAAGUCUUUCAGUAAUCUCUUUCUGCAGUAACGUAAAUAAAAAGUAUAUAUUCCUCAGGCUCUGCACUUUAGUUGUCUCUUUGUCUAUGAAAUGACUCUUAACACUUUGACUGUGGUACAUCUGGUAGCACAGAGCUGUUUUAUAAGGAAAAUACUAAUCUGAAUGGAUCUUCUCAAAUAUACAGGGAAUUAUUGUUAGAAGUGGCAUAAUGGAUGUAUUUCCCACCAGUAAAGCUGUAAAUUAUGAAAUUACAUGUUCUAAGCACCUGAUUAUAGAGAUUAUUCACCACUGCAUGUUUUGUUGUAACACAGUAUUUGGCAAAGUUGUGUGUAUUCUUCAAUGGAUAAAUACUAAAUAUAGGAAAGAAUAACUUCAUUGAAGUGAUCAAGCUUAUAUUAGUGUAAAGUAAUUUGCUAGAAAUGGAUGCAUUAAGUUGCAAAGAUUAGCACAAGAUGACUAAAGUACAACUCCUUGCCUAUUCUUGCUAAAUAAAGUUGUCCUCUAAAAUUGUUAAUAGAGCUCCUUUUCAGAUCACACUCAAAAAACCACAAACCACUUUUUGCCAAGGAGUGAUACCAUUAAAAAUAAUUUUUCCUGAAUUCUCAUUAAAAUGUCAACUGCCUUAGGUGUCAGUCUUCAGAAGUACAUUAUUAAUGGGAUGGACUACAAUCCCCUGAGCUUUUUCUGCUUACGAAAAUCUUCAGUCUCUUCUGACUGUACUAAGAACAACUCUUCAUGAGCACUAAAACUUCCUGAAUGCAGAUGCUCUUGUUGCUACUUGACAUAUUCCUGGCCAGUCAGUAAGAGUGCAACCAAAGUUGUUAAGAGAAUAAGCGGAUUUUUUACAAUCAGUAUAAAAGAAUACAUAUAUAUAUAUAUGUAUAUAUUUUAGAUUUGCAUCUGCAUUUACUCUUUCACAGUGCAGGUUUUUUUCAACAAAUUCAGCCUGAGUUACUGAAAUCUCCCUGUUCUCAUCUCCAUUCUGGUGUUUCUUUAAAGCCUACAGUACUGAUAUGGCAGUUCUUAACUCACAGAAUAUGCAGAAGGGAAGCUUAAGCUUUUAAUGCGAGAAAAAGUGAUUUACAGUCCAUGACCUUGAAUUCAAAAGAUUCAAUCUUAAAAUAAACUUCUGAGGACUUUUGGCUUUCUGCAACAAGUUGGUGUAGCCAGAACUGCAAAACAGUGAAGGACACAGUGCAACGCAGCAGGUCAGUUUUAACUUUGAGAGAUAUAUUAUAUAAGGAGGGAUGUAAAAGUGUCCUAAGAGAAAGCAUUUUAAGCUCUAAGCUGGAAAACAGACCUUAGGGCUUCCAACUUGGAUAGGGAACCAUGAGACCUGCUGUACCUCAUGUUCUGUAGGACAUCAUGCUGUUUGUCAUUUGAAGGAAAAAAUGUAAGAUAUCACAGCUAAUCAUUCCAAGACAACUUUUUGUUAGGAGGGGAUAUGCUGAAGAGGAUAAAGUUUACAACAAAGUUGUAGAUGUAAACAUGUAAAAAGUCUGAAGUGACUCACCAUUUAACUGGUUUAAUUUCUUGUCUUAUCUUCCUCUGUUGUAAACCCACUGAACUUUUCUGUAAGCCUCACUAAAUCCUACUCCUGUGUUUUAAACAUGAUCAGCUAUCAAGUGGCCAUUGGAAUUUAGUUUCACCUCUUGAAAUAAGAAGUAAAGAGAUAAAAAGAAAUUAAGAUACUUAAUAGUCUAUUUGAUUUUGGUGCGAAGCACUACAUAAUUUACUUAUCUAAAAGCUAUGAUAAAUUUUGGACUUUACAAGCCUAAUGAGGUCUGUAGUAGAGAUGGGACUUACUUUUCAUUUCUUAUACUACUCAGCAGUUCUUCCACUGUUUUUAUGGGGAUAAAAAGUUCUAUAUAAGUGUUAGGUAAGUGCUAAAACAGUCCCUUGCAUCUCUCUCAGCACUUGAAUGGUUUUAAAUAAACUUCUUGUCUUUACAACUUGAUAUUACUGGCAUGGAUAUUUAGUGCUCUUUUGUCAGAUUUCUACUUGAAUUAGAAACACAAUCUGUUGUUAACAGAACUUGAUCUUGGUUUUUUGCCUUGAUGCAAGUAGAAAUGACUGAAUUUCUGCAGCAAGUUAUCCUUUCCUGCAAGUUACUCCUGCAAUCCACUGGGCUGGCCCUGCAGAUCAGUGCUUUUCUUUGUGUCUUCACAACAUUUAAGUGCAAAUGUUAGUACACAGACCUACUCCAUGUCUAUGCUGAAGUUGUAACGUGCUAAAUAAAAAUGGACACAAAUAAAGAUAAUCUUAUGGGACUAGUA